AUGAGACAGACAUUGGGCAUCACCCCCCACGAUGACAUGACGCCGAGCGACAACCAUCUUCUCUAUUCCAUGGCCAACCCGGUCAAAGUCGAACCUUUCGAUGGGCGCAUACAAACCCAAAGGCAGCUGCCAUCGCAGACCGGUCUCGUCUGGACACUGUGCCUCUCUGUGCCCGCAAUGUACAGGAAGGCAAUUGCCGAUGAACGGCGCAUUUCCCGCGGCGCCGAUGCACAGCGAGAGCACGACCAGGUAAGGCACUCUUUCUCUUCAACAUGCGCAAGUCGGUGCCUCAUCUUUAACUCCCACGUGGCGUGGAAUGGCCGCUUAUCGCGAAAUUUCGGAUACAGUUCUGAAAGGCUGACAAAGUAUGUACACAGAAGUCAAUAUGUCGCGUCUCUAAAAGAGCGCUUAGCACGAGUUGAAUCCCUGCUCAAGACAGCCGGUAUCCUGCAUGACGCAGAUUUUAGCUCCGACGACGACUCAUCUUCGGACAGGCAGGAGUUCUCAGACGGAGAGGAAGAAGACGGCGACGACACCUUUCUGCCAUCGCAGUCUAUAACAUCUGAAUCACAUUCCUCUUCGGCCUCAUUGCGGUCUUCACCGGAUGCCGAAUCGUUUCCCCCUCCGGCGGCGUUGAAGUCACGCCCAUAUUUAAAUCUCACGAGCGCGAUGACCCUCGAUAUUUUGGUAGGCCACCAGUUCUCGACCACCCACGGUGGCCGCUCGUGCUCGCUGUCGCUGCUGUCUCGAGGUGGCAUCGAAUGGAUCAAACGAAGGACUGGCGAUGUCAGCUUCCUCAAAGUUCUCGGCACAGAUUCCACUCACGACAAUCCGUGGACGCAGUGGCGACCCGAUGUAUUUCAUGAUCUAUUCGCUUCGAAGGUCUACAAGCCACUCCCACCAAGAUCAGAGGUGUUUGCUCUCAUCAAGGAGUUUUUCAACACCGGAAACCGUCUGUGCCCGAUCUAUGAUGAGAAUUCGUUCAUGGACAUGGUAGAAUGGCAGUACACGCAACAAACGUGUGACGAUGCAGCUCGUUGGGCGAGUAUCAAUAUGGUGGUCAGCCUGGCGUACGAGUUUCGAUUUUCGAAAAGCGCAAAGCCCGAAAAGGACCGAGAGAAGGCUCGCCUCUACUUUAAAAAUGCCAUGUCUGUAUUUACAGAGCUGGCUCUGCGCCGGACCGAUCUUCUGAGUGUGCAGGCUCUCUUGAGCAUGGCAUUUUUCUUGCGAGGAGACACUGGUCCUCAGUCAGUAUUGCCAUUCGUGACGGCGGCGAUGCGAUCGUGCCAGAGGAUGGGGAUCCACCGAGAUGUGGCCAGGCCUGACCUCAGCCCCGCUGAACGAGAACAGAGACGGAGAGUGUUCUGGGUGGCCUUCACGAUUGAUCAAAGUACCUGCUUACGGGCUGGAAAUCCCCCAACGCAGCAUCCCGAUGACUUUGACGUCCCGCUACCCAGCGAGCUCAGCGAGGAUCUCAAUGGAAUCUCUUCGACUGACAUCCCUUAUUUCCGUCAGCUGUGUCGGAUGUCGGUCAUCAAGAGUCGUAUCUUCUGUCAACUCUACUCGGCCAAGGCACUGCUUAGAUGCCCCUCUGAGAUCUACAAAUCCGUUAAAGAACUUGACCUGCAGCUCAAAGCAUGGAGGAAAGAUUACCCCUCGCACGAGGACACGCGUCAGGCGACAUCACAGUCCAAUCCUCUACUCAUUUUUGGUACCAUUGCUCUCGACUUCGUCUACUAUAACGCCUUGAUAAUGACCCAUCGAAUUCCUAUUCUCCUCAAUUACUUGAUCACUGAUCGCGGACAUCUCCACGAGAUCGAGACCUUGGACAAGGCGCAGACUGCCAAGUCCUUGGUCAUUUGCGCGGGUGCUGCCAGAGACACGCUCAAAAUGGUGAAUAACAUGUCUUGGGGAGAUGUGGCAUGGAUAUGGUCUUUCCUAGACUAUGUCUUUUUAGCAGCGGCAACGAUUUUCUCCACAAUCAUUCGUGAUACCCAUCGUCCUAAUGCAAAGGAGGAUUUGCAGUCUCUUAGGAUGACGGCAACUUUUUUUGCAACUCUAACUCAGCCAGGCGAUGGGCCCUCGCACUACGCUGAGUUCAUGAGCCGAAUGAGCGCAAACCUUGAGCGUAUUGCCCGAGGGGCCGUUGACAAAGACGAGAAGCGAGGGCGAGGUCCAGAAGAUCAUGAUGAAGAAACCGCAAUCCCCGGAUCGAAAAGGCACAACCACAGCUCUUCGAAAUCAUCGACGGGCCGGAACCGUCAUCGAUUGUCACGUCCCCGACCGGCAGGAAACCCUGUCCACGCCAGCUCUGGGACUGCAUCCACGCCUGCUGUCGAGCGCGCAUCCAAGCUCUCCAUGAAGCCAUCUGCGUCAGUGGCACCUCCCCCGAUGUAUCCUCAGUCCACGGCAUUCAGUAUCCCAGAUGCGUUGGAUGGUCUUCCACCAGUCAACUGCGAUGGAUACGUCGUACCUCUAAGCCCAAGCCUAAGCUCUCAUACCCCCAUCACUACAACACAAUAUCACCAACCGUCAGGGCAUGCCAUGGAUUACACCGCUAAUGUUUCCCGACUUAUCCCCACCGAGACAACAAUGGACGGGGUCACUCCCACGACGCAGUCAGUCUGGCCCAUCGGACAAGAUCCUCUAUCCUACAAUACGACCAACUCGCCCACAUUCGACAACAGUCAGUCUCCAUUCUCCUCCAAUAGUGGCACACCGGGAACAGCCACUUUCCCGGCAUCCUGGGAAGUGCCGCUUACAGCCGACUGGCAAUUCGGCGAUCAAUUCUGGUCGGGACUCUUCCCCAACGAGAGUCUCGCUGCCUCUUCGCAAACUAAUCAUGUUGAUAUCCCUAUUCUUUUGGCCGAAUCGUUUUUAGAUAUGCCGCGGGAGGCUGUAGCUGGAUCAACGGAGCCUACGGUGGGAUAUCCCGAUUCGCAGAUGGCUUACGACAAUGUGUACAUGCCUUCCAGGUCUGCGCACGACCAAGGGCUCUAA